AUGCAGUAUUCACCAAAUGCGUUGUCAGGUACUGUUGUUGCCGGCGGCAAUGGGGCAGGAAACGGAAACACAGAGUUGGCUAACCCUACUGGUAUCUACUUUGAUUCAUCGUCAAACAGUCUUAUAAUUGCAAAUACUGGUGCCAACAAUAUUGUUCGUUGGGUACUGGGUGACACUAAUUGGACACUUAUCGCUGGGGAUAUCAAUGGAGUGAGUGGUAACACAUCAACACUGCUCCAUGAACCAUACGAUGUGACCCUCGAUAGUUGGGGCAACGUGUAUGUAGCUGAUACGUAUAAUAACCGUAUACAAUUCUUUUUGGCUGGGCAAUCGAACGGCACAGCAAUUGCUGGCGACACAAAUGUAUAUCGAUCAAACUCCACUUUACUCAGUUAUCCCUACUCAUUGGUACUCGAUGCUCAGCUCAAUUUGUAUGUAUCAGACAGCCUUAAUUUUCGAAUACAAAAGUUUGCACAUUAUUAAAUGAAAGUCUACCGAUCUAUACGGAACAGUUUGAACCUAAAAAUUCAACUAGCAUUCCGGCGAGUAUAUCCACCAAUACUUGAUGACUAUCGUAGUUCUUAACAAAACUAAAUAUUCAUUUUGUGUGUCAUAUGUUCUGUUGAACAGAUCUGCUUGGUCACUGGUUUUUUUUAAUGUUAUUGCUUCAUAAUUCAUAUUUAUGCGUAAUCAUUUAUUUUAAUCUCGCUGUUUAUAUAAAUCACACGAUGGUACUGAAAAAGUAUCAGACAUCGAUCUAGAGAAAAAUUACAUAGAUUCGAAAGAAUGGAAACGAGAGUGAUAAUGACGAGAGAGUAUAGAAUUUGUAGUAACUACAACUGAUUUCAACAUUGCUAAAGAGUUUCUUCAGGUAGCGAAUGAUUAUGUAAAUGCGUCUUUGUCUUCGUCAUGAAUACGAUAUGCAAUAUCAGUUAAAAUAUAACCAAGAAGAUUAAGUCCUCUCCAAUUUGUACUUUUUUAAUUAAAUGAGGGUGUGGGUGGGUGUGGGUGUUAUUUAGAAUAAUCGCUGUUCCACGACAACAGUUGUUUCUGUCUUGGCGGGACUUCUUCAGGUGGAGCUCUUAAUACUAUAUCUACUAGAUAAUAAUUCUUGAAAUAUAGGUAUAUAACAUUUGAAUUAUUUUUCGAUAUAACAAUUAAUAUAUAGACAUUUGCACAUUUAAAAUUUUCAAAUCAAAUUAACUUUAAACUAAUCUUAAUCGAAUAUAGAAGUCAAUAUUUAUUUUGAUGAAAAAUUUUUUAACAAAUACCAAAGAUUUCUAGAAACACAAGUGGGUGUGAUUUAGAAUAAUCGCCGUUCCACGACAACAGUUGUUUCUGCCUUGGCUGGACUUUUUCAGGUGGGUGUGUAUAGUUACCACAAUACCGUAGGUAUUUCGAUGUUACUGACUCAAUCUUAUCAAGUGGCACAAGUAUCAGUAUAAAAGAUUCGAAAAAAUAAAAUUUUUUGACUCAAUACAUAAUACUAAAAUCUACUAUCAAUAAAAUAGUAGAAUCACCUCAUAAAAGUGGGU